GCACAUGUUUAGUGCUGUGACGUCACGCCUUGUUUUUUGUUUUGAAGUCUACGAACUUUCUUGUGAUUCAUUCUACGAGUUUUUAUUUAAAAUUAUGGACGAAUUGGUGGUUUUAGAGCUGUUUUCUGGAAUUGGUGGCAUGCAUUAUGCUCUAAAAGAAAGUCAAGUACCUGGACAAGUUUUAGCAGCUAUAGACAUCAAUACGAAUGCCAAUGAAGUCUACAGGCACAAUUUUAAGGAUUCAAAGUGCAUUAACGGAAAUAUUGUUGGAUUAGAAAGCGCACCUUACCAAAAAGUCAACACAAUCCUUUGUUCGCCCUCAUGUCAACCAUUUACAAGGAAUGGGAAGCAAAAAGAUAUUGAAGAUAAGAGAAAUGAUGCAUUUAUGUCCUUAUGUUCGCUGAUAAAAAGUGGUAGUUUUAAGAAUCUGAAAUAUCUGCUCAUGGAGAAUGUUGUUGGAUUUGAGACAUCCCAAAUGCAUGACAUAUUCAUUGAUGCACUUAGAUCCAGUGGAUUUUAUCAUAGGGAAUUCAUCAUAUCUCCUCAUCAACUUAACAUACCUAACACUAGACAUCGAUAUUACUGUUUAGCUAGAAAGGAACACGAUUUUUUGUUUGAUAGUGAAUGUAUUCAUAAAACAAUCCCCAACAACGAUCAUUUCCCUCAAAAGCCUCAAGCACUCUCGAACUAUGUUAAUGCAGACGAUUCAGAGGAUCUUAUUACUUCCUAUCUUUCAAAAGAGCUCUUAGAGAAGAGAUUUAAUAUUCUGGACAUUCAAACCAACGAUUCUUACAACACAAUGUGCUUCACAAAAUCAUAUUCAAAUUACAUUGAAGGAACUGGAUCAGUUUAUUGUAAUUUGACUAGACAAGAACUAGAUGACAAAAUCGCUGAAAUUGAAAAGAAUGAAAUGGAUUUGAGAAUGAAGGAGAAAUUAAAGCUCAGAUUCUUUACACCAACGGAAGUAGCCAGACUUAUGAGAUUUCCAAAAGACUUUACGUUCCCAACAAUCAUUAGUCGGAAAAGUCAAUAUAAAUUACUAGGAAAUAGCAUAAAUGUAACCGUUGUUAGUGAGCUUAUUAAAGUUUUGUGCAGUUGAUCAUCAGAGGAAGUAAAAAAUAAAAACCUU